AUGUCUUCAUCUGCUGCUGGUAAUUCUGGUGAUGCCGAAACUUUCGCUUUCCAAGCGGAAAUCGCUCAGUUGAUGUCUUUGAUCAUCAACACUUUCUACAGUAACAAGGAGAUCUUCCUUCGUGAACUUGUGUCCAACUCUUCGGAUGCUCUUGACAAAAUCCGCUAUCAAGCUCUGACGGAACCAUCGGAGCUCGACUCGGGUAAGGAGCUCUUCAUCAAGAUUGUCCCCAACAAGGCGGACAAGACGCUCACCAUCAUCGACACUGGAAUCGGAAUGACAAAGGCUGAUCUUGUGAACAACCUCGGAACCAUCGCCAAGUCCGGAACAAAAUCUUUCAUAGAGGCUCUUCAGGCUGGAGCUGACAUUUCGAUGAUUGGUCAAUUCGGAGUCGGAUUCUACUCUGCUUUUCUCGUCGCGGACAAGGUCGUUGUGACCUCGAAGAACAACGACGACGAUUGCCACAUGUGGGAGUCGUCGGCUGGCGGCAGCUUCAUCAUCACCGCGGUCAACGACCCAGAAGUGCCUCGUGGUACCAAGAUUGUUCUCUACAUCAAGGAGGAUCAGGCCGAAUAUCUCGAGGAGCGCCGCAUCAAAGAAAUCAUCAAGAAGCACUCGCAGUUCAUCGGCUAUCCAAUCAAAGACGAAGAAGCGGAGGAAAAGCCCGAAGAGGCAUCUGAGGAAGGAAAGGUCGAGGAUGUCGGCGAAGAUGAGGAUGCGGACAAGAAGGACAAGAAAAAGAAGAAGAUCAAGGAAAAGUACUUCGAAGACGAGGAGCUCAACAAGACGAAACCGAUCUGGACUCGCAACCCCGAUGACAUCUCAAACGAGGAGUACGGGGAAUUCUACAAGAGCUUGAGCAAUGAUUGUGAGGAUCAUUUAGCCGUCAAACACUUCAGUGUUGAGGGUCAACUUGAGUUCCGCGCUCUUCUCUUCGUGCCUCAACGUGCUCCAUUUGAUCUCUUCGAGAACAAGAAAUCGAAGAACUCGAUCAAGCUUUACCUGAUGCCUGAGUACCUUAACUUUGUGAAAGGAGUCGUCGAUUCCGAAGAUCUGCCUCAACAUUUCACG